AUGUCCAUUGUGCAGGAAUACCAGGACCCGUCGUCCUCCGACCCAACCCCCACCCUCACUUUCUCCGAGAAAAUCCAACGUGAGGUAGAAGCCAACGGCAUCGUCCGCCCAAAGGGUUACAACGUCUCACUGCAUUACAAUCCAGCUGUGGAACACCAUCAUUUUGGUCAAACCCAUCCCAUGAAGCCCUGGCGUCUGACCUUGACAAAGUCCCUCAUCCUGUCUUACGGCAUGCACACGGCCAUGGACUGUUACACAUCCCGUCCAGCCACCAUGCAAGAAAUUUCCGAAUUCCAUCACGAGAAGUACGUUGAAUUUCUCAGCAUCGCCACUCCCAAGAAUAUCUAUGAGUUGUACCCUGAGCUCGACGGGACUCAAGGGUACUCUUCCCACGUUUUCGGUGUCGGGGAGGACUGCCCUAUUUUCGACGGCCUCUACGCAUUCUGCUCGAUGUACACGGGUGCUUCCAUCGACGCAGCCCGAAAACUUUGUAGCAAACAAUCCGAUAUCGCUAUCAACUGGUCUGGCGGCCUGCAUCACGCCAAAAAGGCAGAAGCAAGCGGAUUCUGCUAUGUCAACGACAUCGUACUCGCCAUUCUUCAGUUGCUCCAGUACCACCCGCGCGUCAUGUACAUCGACAUUGACGUACACCAUGGGGACGGUGUAGAACAAGCAUUCUGGUCCACCGACCGGGUCAUGUGUGUCUCCUUCCACAAGUACGACAAGGAAACUUUCUUCCCUGGGACUGGUCCCCUGGAUUCCACGGGUCCGGUCCACGAAGACAACGCAGGGAAAAACUAUACCAUCAACGUCCCCCUCAGCGACGGCAUUGACGACGAAACAUACGACUACCUCUUCCGCAAUGUCGUGGAACCCACCAUCACGACCUUCCGCCCGACCGCCAUUGUGCUCCAGUGCGGCGCCGAUUCUCUUGGUCACGAUCGUCUAGGUUGCUUCAACCUGAACAUCCGCGGCCACGGCAACUGCGUGUCUUUCGUCAAAUCCUUUAAGCUCCCACUGUUGGUGGUGGGCGGUGGCGGGUAUACACCACGUAAUGUCGCACGGGCGUGGGCACACGAGACAUCAAUCUGCAUCGGCGCGGAUCGCACGCUCAACCCGCAAUUACCUGAGUUCUUGCCCCACCGCGAGGCGUUCCGGAAAGAGGGCUUCACUUUGUUUCCCAAUCUCGGCAGCUGGAAAAAGGAAAACACCAACUCGAGGCAGGACAUCGAGAACAUCAUUCAGCACGUGAAAGAACAGCUGGCGCAAAUCCGCGGCGCGCCGAGCGUCCAGAUGAAAUACAUCCCGCCGGACAUCCAGGCGUGGCGGGACGAAGUCGAGGAGGACCUGAAGGCCAGGCGGCUAGAGAGGGAGGAGAAGGCGGAGGAAAGGGCCGGGGCGGGAAGCCUGAUGGCCAAGCUCAGCCGGCGGAGAGAGCUGGAAAGAAGAGGUGGUGGUAGCUCGGCCAUGGCCAGCGGAGCCGCGAGCGUGAACCUCCAGGACACUAUGAGCUGA